UCAAUUUUUUUGUUUUAAUGCAGCGUGAAGAUAUUUUAUUAUAAGAUUAUGAGAACAAAAAGUUUUAAAAUAUAGACUAGUUCUAUAUAAAGCUCUUUUUUUCGAACAUAGACUUGUCGGAAAUUGUUUGUCAUCAGACAAAAAAGACAAUAAGAAAGAUAAAAUUGUGUGAUCUUUUAUCAUUUGAAAAUCGCGUUGUAUAUUUUACGGGAUAAUGUUGCGCAAAAGUAUCAUUCACUUUACGAGAAGCGUUCGCAGAGACUUCCACGCAUCUGUUUAUCCUUUUUGCAACGCGAUUAAAGAAACUGACAACGUUAAAUGCAACAGUACAAAACAUAAAGUUAAAUCGCCACGGAUAUUGAUAACUGGAGGUCUUGGACAAUUGGGCACAGAAUGUGCAAAAUUGCUUCGUCGGAAUUACGGUAACGAGAAUGUCAUUCUGUCGGACAUUAUUAAACCGACGGAAGAGAAUCUGGAGAACGGGCCCUUUAUUUUCGCUGACAUUCUCGACUUCAAGGGUUUGCAAAAAAUUGUUGUGGAUUACAGAAUCGACUGGCUCAUCCAUUUCAGCGCUCUGCUCAGCGCUGUAGGAGAACAAAACGUGCCGUUAGCCGUCAGAGUUAAUAUUGAAGGAAUGCACAACGUCAUCGAGUUGGCAAAGCAAUACAAGCUGAGGAUCUUCAUACCGUCGACAAUCGGUGCAUUCGGUCCCGAUUCGCCGAGAAAUCCAACGCCAAAUGUUACGGUGCAACGACCGCGUACGAUCUACGGCGUGAGCAAGGUCCACGCCGAACUUCUAGGAGAAUAUUAUCAUCAUCGGUUCGGCCUUGACUUUCGCUGUCUUCGAUUUCCCGGCGUAAUCAGCUGCGAUCCGCCUGGCGGUGGCACCACUGAUUAUGCUGUAGCAGUAUUUCAUGAAGGUCUGUUAAACAAAAAGUACGAGUGCUACUUAGAGCCACACACUAGACUGCCGAUGAUAUACAUAGAAGAUUGUCUAUCGGCGCUCUUUCAAUUUUUGAACACACCAAACGAAUUACUGCGCAGACGAGUUUACAAUGUAACAGCCGUGAGUUUCACACCUGAGGAACUGUUCAACGAGAUCUUAAAAUACAUACCGGAUUUACAAGUUACUUACAAGCCAGACAAGCGUCAACACAUCGCCGACACCUGGCCGCAAGUUUUCGACGACAGUGAAGCACGACGAGAUUGGAAUUGGCGACAUAAAUACGAUCUGCAGAUGUUGGUAAAGUCCAUGGUGCAAGACGUUAGCACGAAUUUCCUCCCGAAACAUCGAUUAAAAGAAGUGAAUAGUUAUGUAUAAACUAUUAUGUUGUGUAAAGUAACAUUGUACAGAAAAAAAAAACAAGUAUUAAAUUCUUUUGAUUAACA